GCCGCGGAUAAAGUGCGGGUGGCCGAGGACGUGCGAAGGGCCGCCGGUCGCGCGGCGUCAGCUGUGGCGUCGCGGUCGUUGUGUCGUGACAACGACGCCGGCAUCCGUCUCCGCGACAGCAGGCGCAGCCUCUUCAGCCCGGGGCGGGCUCCGCGGCUGCCUGGCGGGUGUCUGCUCGCGUCCUUUCCUUCCUGGACCCGGCACCCCGCAGCGACGCUGAGCCAACCGCCGGAGCGGCGGGCAAUGGCGGCCUCGACGGCCUCGCACCGGCCCAUCAAGGGGAUCCUGAAGAACAAGAGCUCCACGACUACGUCUGUGGUGCCCGCGGCCGAGCAGCCCGGCAAGAGCGUCGACGAAGAGCUGAGCAAAAAAUCCCAGAAGUGGGAUGAAAUGAACAUCCUGGCAACAUACCAUCCAGCUGACAAAGACUAUGGCUUAAUGAAAAUAGAUGAACCUAGCACUCCUUAUCAUAGUAUGAUAGGUGAUGAUGAAGAGGCAGUGAGUGAUUCAGAAGCCACUGAAGUCCUUACCCCAGAUGUCUUAGCUAAGAAAUUAGCUGCUGCCGAAGGCUCAGAGCUAAAGUAUCGGGUUCAUGAACAAGAAAGCAGUGAAGAUGAGGAUAAUGACCUCUCACCUGAAGAACAAGAAAAAAAGCGACAGUUUGAAAUGAAGAGGAAGCUCCACUACAAUGAAGGACUGAAUAUUAAAUUAGCUAGACAGUUAAUUUCAAAAGACCUACAUGAUGAUGAAGAUGAUGAAGAAAUGUCAGAGGCUGCAUCUGGAGAAGGCAUGAAUUCGGAAGAAUCAAAUCAAGGAUCUACUUCAGGUGACCAACUGCAAAACAAAUCACAGAGUUCAUAGAAGAUACUUGUUCAACACUGUAAUUGUCACAUACAAACCUGUUACUAUAAUACACAGCUUCUUGUUCUCUACAAUUCAGACCUUAUGUACCAAAAUGCAUACCAGUUAUUAUAUAUUGCCAAGAAUUAAAUAACUUUAGAGACUAAUUAGACUGAAAAUGCCUAAUUGAUAUAUAUAUUCUUGUGCCUAGUACUUCACCACAAACACAGUGUAAUGUCAUCAGUCCAAAACCACAUUAAUUUUGUAAGAACACUGGUUAAUUUGUAUAAGAUAAUUACAAAGCUUUUUAUGAUUUAGAGGUAAAAUAAUAUCUUGGGGGGAGGGAUCUAAUUUAUUUUCUUCACUUCUAGAUGUGAUAGUUCUUAUAAAAAGUUUUUUUAAAAAUCAAAAAUCCCAAUUGGAACAAGAUUAUAUAGACUGGUGAAUAUUCAGUCUACAAAGUAUUUUAACAGGUGUCUUCAACUUGAUUUGUCUGUUUAAUUGAAAAGGAUUAUAUUAUAAAAGUUAUUGUUGCAUUUUCUGGCCUAUUACCUUUAAAACUCCUGUUGUUUAUGUUUACAAGGAAAGGAUGAACUUUUUCCUCAUCAAAACUAGCUCUUUUCAUGAAUAAAUUAUCAGGUUAAACUUGCACUAAUGUCUACUCUGACUUUUUUUUGUAUACUUUAUGGGCAGAUUUCAGAUCAAUUUUUAAAAUAAAUAUAAUUCUAAUACAGUCUCAGCAUUCC